GUUUUGAAUCUCAGACCAGCUGGUUGUGUUACUCUCCCAAUUCCAAAGAAGCGUUCAAAGUAGCGCAAAGUGAUAAUAAAUCCGAAAAUAACAACAACAACGAAACAACAACAAAAUGCGUUGUUUGGCAUUGAGCGCGUUGUUUGUUUGCGUUGUCAUCGCCGGACAAUGCGAAAUUGCAGCUGGUUAUAAGAGCGAGAUUGAAAUAACGCCAGCUCCAGAUGUGGAGACAACCACCAAAAAGUCCGGCUGGUUUGGUGGCAUCAAGAAGUUCUUCAGCAGCAGCGACACCACAACAACCACAACAACAACAACCACCACCACAACAACAACAACGACAAAACGACCGAUUGUAACGCCGGCGUCGGUGCAGAAGCCACCACCAUUGGUCAUCUCGCAUGCACCGCUGAUGCCACUGGGACCACGUCCGGAUACGCCCGCCUCAUCGCCAUUUGGCGCCUCACCGGUGCACGGACCGCAAUGGCCAACGGCAGCGGGUUCCGCCGGACAUCAGUCCGCGCCGGGACAGCAGCAUUCCAACACGGGAACGGGAGCGGGAACGGGAGCAGGAGCGGGAGCAGGAACGGCAGCUGGAACGGGAGCCAUCGCACACCAGGGACGUCCUGCUGGUCCUGGUGGCGCCUCCACCGCGCCAAAUUUACCACCAGGCUUUGCGCCGUAUCGACCACAGAAACCACAGCCAAGUGGCUUUGAUUUGAGCUAUUCCGGCAGCGGAGCAGCGGGCAACGGAGCACGUCCUGGCUUUGGACUAGCACCAAUGACGAGUAGCACCAGCAGCAGCACCUCGACAACCACCACCAUGCGUCCUAGGGUAAAUAUGCAACCGGGUGGUGGCGUCGAUUUGCGUUUUGGCCUUGACAGCGGCUCCACAACGACCGUGCAGCCGAAUCCACGACGUCCCUCGCUGAAGGAGGAUUUCCCGGCACUGCCGACGCCCAAGUCACCAGGUGCAGGCACGCCCACGUCGAGCACACCAACAUCGCCAUCCGCCUGGCAAGCACCGUUACCCACACCGGUGCAUCCGGCGGUGCCAGCGCAUCCGGUAAAGCCAGUGACACCAGGUCAUGGUAGCAGCACCACCACCACCACUGGUGGCAACUCUGGUGUGUCCUUUGUGCCGCAUACGGCGGGAUCAGCCACCACCACCACAGUGCGUCCGGGCUUCCAAUCGUCGGGCAACUCGGUGGCCAGCGAUGAUGAGAUACGCCAGCUAACCGAACAGCUGUACACCAAGGAGUCCAACAGUCAGCUGAGCCACAUCAAUGUGAAUCUGCAGGGACGCACGCGUUCCAUAGACAGCGCCGAUGAAGCGCCACAGCCGCUGCUCACGGUGGAUGCAAAGGCCUUGCAGCCGGAGACAAUUGCCAAGAUGCGUUUGCUGUUCAACAACUACGAGGAGGAUACGCUGGUCAAUGAGCAUGUGACCGCCAACGAGCGACGGGAGGAGAACGAGUUCCUUGACGCUGUCAUGGCCACCAGUGUAAUGCGUCAGGCCAUGUUGUUCCUGCAGCAGAAGGGUCUUGUCACUCCAGAUCCGAAGACGCAUCGUGAUCUUGUCAAGGAACUCUGGUUCACCCAAUACUCGCGGGGUCAGGGCAAGAUCGGUAGCUCCGGUUUCGAGCAUGUCUUUGUGCACGAGGUGAAGAACGGCACCAUCAUUGGCUUCCACAAUUGGGUCUAUGUCAACGAGGAGGAGCAGGCCGGUCGCUUUGACUACAAGGGCUACAUGAAGGAGCAGGACAUAGGCACGAAAGGAAAAGUGGUCAAGGUGCGAUUCUCGCAUAAUGGACUCAACAAACCAGUGGAUACCAUGUUUAUUGGCACCUCCCCAGAACUGGAGCUGGCACUCUACACCGUCUGCUUCCAGCUGCGUCCGGAUCGCACCUGUCCCGUCUCCCUGGGCAACAGCAAGUUCGGCAUUGUCACCUACUCCUGGCGCUACAGAGGCAAGAGUCUUAUUGGCAGCGCCUAUCCAGAGAUUUGAGCCACACAGCUCGCAAUUAUCGCACCUGUUAUUCUCUGUUUCUCCUUACAGAAAUACUUUUUUUUUUGCCUUUGUCUACGAUAAAUAAAUACAAAUAUUUUAAACUU